AUGCUAGAGCAACACAAGAAGUACGGCGACGUCAUACGCCUCGCACCUAACGAGUUGACUUUCGCAUCCGUCCAGGCCUACCGUGAUAUCUACGGCCACGUGACCACGGGCAAGGAGCGGUUUCUGAAGUCAGAUGCCUACGACACCGAGGAGCCCCGAAUCUCUGCCCGGGCUCUGCGGGACCAGGAAGACGUGGUGCAUCAGUACGUCGACCUCCUCGUGAAGCAGCUUGGGAAUUUCGGCGCGGGCGGGCUGAAGCCUAUCAACGUUACCGAGGCGUACAACUGGCUUACUUUUGAUGUCAUUGGUGAUCUCUCCUUCGGGGAACCAUUUGGCGCCUUGAAGGACGGCUCGGACCAUUGGGUUAACCUGGUCCUGGACUCAGUGAUAUUUGAAGGCCUUUCUAUGAGGUUCAAACGCCGGCUCUGGCUGAAGUUCGCCAUCCGUUUCUUCUUAGGCUCCAAGAAGAUAGAGCAGAUGAAAAGGAACUGCGUUGAGCAUAUGACUUUGUCGAGGGAGAAGGCCAGGAAACGCAUGGAGAUGGGAGACUCCUUGACACGGCAAGACUUCUUCGGCCACCUGAUCAAGAGGAAGGAGAUCAGCUAG